UAUACAAUGCACAAGUUAAUUAUUUUUACGAACUGUAAAAGGAAAUGGAUGGAAAUUGCACUGCUAUUCGAACCGACUGCUCACGCUAUAUGGUUACGAAGAAUCCGCGAUCUUUCUCUCUUUGAAUUAUUCAUCGAGCGUUAUGAUAAUUUGAUAAAUUGGCCAUGAAAGUUUGGAAUCACGUGAAACGUCGUUUCUCCGGACUCGCCGACCGGGUAUCGAUCCGGCAAUGAUAUCUAUAUAUAGCGUCGGCCCGCUGUCCCAGAUGUCAUUUGUUCUGCAAGAAAGCGUGGUGGUGCUAGCUGCCGCUACUACACUACACUACACUCUACACACGGCUUAGCCUAGCCAGCGUUGCCGUGAACAGUUAACACCGCUGCAAACAUGCAUGGAUGUUUGCGCUCCUGCAAUUGCAAUUCCAAUGAUGAUGAUGAUUCAUUGCGCUGGUAAAUUGUGUCGGGUUUUAAAUUCAGAUAUUCUUCAUGUCUCACAAACGGAAGAAGGCGCAGUGGCAACGACACUUGCAGUGUGUGUUCGCGUGUUUUUUUCUGCUGAGAUAAAGAAAGGAAGUGAUCUCUAACAAACGAUCGUUGUAUGAUUUCCUAGGCAGCCAUGUGCUCUUUCACGUGCAGCAAGAACUCCCUAAUCGUCUUUCUCGUGGUGUUCUGGCUCUACGGAUGCACGCUUCUCGGGCUGGGCAUCUUCACGUUCGGCUACGGACUGAACAACAUCUACGUGUACAACUUCGACCACACCAUCUUCGUCAUACCGGGCUUUCUCGUGGGCAGCGGCAUAUUGAUCGUCGUCGCGUUUCCUUUUGUGGCCUGUUGGGGGAUUGUUCGCGAGAGCAAGUGCCUUCUGGCUUGCUUCAUCGCCUGUCUGUUCGUGAUUCUCAGCAUCCUUCUCGGGAUAACGCUCGUGGACCUGCUGGGGAUGGACCUGGUGUUCCCGCAGCAGAUCACCCGGGACACGAUGGACGUCCUCGUGGAGGAGUACUACUCCACCCCAGCGGUCCGCAGCGCCGUCGACUCCAUGCACAGACAGUACCGGUGCUGCGGCUUCAAGUACGGAGCCGCCGACUACAAGGUCAACGGGCUGCCGGUUCCGGAGUCGUGUGAUAAUAAGAAUUACCUCACCGGGUGCUACAACGUGUUCCUCACCCUCAUUAACGACCUCAAGGUCGAGGUCGGCUUGAUAUUUGGUGCUGCGGCUAUUAUUCCGCUGGUCGGGAUUAUCAUCACAGUACUGUUGAUGAGAGCUAUUCGAGACAGACCGCCCCCAGACGCAGAGACUGUUGUUUUACAUUCCAGGAAAGAGUUUGUGUGAUUUUAAAAAAAAAACCCCAGGAGAUUAAUAUAUGUGAAUGUAAUCAGCUUUGACAAUCGUAUAUGGGAUAAAACUAACGUCAACACCAGGUUAUAUAUUCUAAUGUGCGAUGUUGGUGAAUUAAUUCAAUCAUUUCAUAAAUUUUUUUGGAACUUCUUGCUUUAAACAUGAGGAGACAUAUACUUCAUAUGGAAUAUCCAUAAACGUUCUCGUUUUUAAUGCAUAAGAGUACAUCUAAACAUGCAUAAAUGUUUUUGCCUUGUAUAUUUAAAGUUGGCAAUGUGUCCGAGAGAGAGAGAGAGAGAGAGAGAGAGAGAGAGAGAGAGAGAGAGAGAGAGAGAGAGAGAGAGAGAGAGAGAGCAUAUGUGAUAUACAUCGUACUAAACCACACCAUUCAUAUACUAAAAUACGAAAACAUAUCGUUCUUUUUAAUUAAUUGAAAAACACUUAAUCAUAACAACCAUACAUUGGCAAAUAAUAAUAUCUCAAACAAAACAUUUAAAUUUAACUUCCUUAAAACAUUAAAUUUAACUUCCAUAAAAGAUAAAACAUGAUUUUUUAUUUUAAGAUGGUGCGUAUAAAAGAUCCCUUGCUACUAAUG